GCAGAAAUGCUAAGUCACAGGUUGAACCAGUGAUGGAACACCUGGUGGGAAGGCAGGGCCAACCCAAAGGAGCUCACCUGCGUGCAGUGAGUGACCAGAAGAUGUGGAGUCAGGAUCCACCCCUCCCCAGAUCUCCCUGAAGGGUUGCAGUGUAGUAAAAUUUAAUAACUGUGCCGGUAACAAGGGAGUUCGGUAUGAAACCAACAGCCUGGACUUCAAGGUGAGAGCAGAUGGGACCAUUUAUGCUGUCCACGAGGUGCAAAUGGCCUCGAAGCAGUUGAUCCUGAUGGUGACCGCCUGGGAUCCGCAGACCCUUGGCAGGUGGGAGGCCAUCGUCAGGUUUCUGGUGGGAGAGAAGCUGCAGCACAAUGGACACAAGCCAAAGGGAAGGAAGAGUGGACCCGUGGACCUGGCGCAGCAGCAAAGUGACACCCUGCUCCCCUGGCGCCAACACCAGAGUGCGAAAGGCCUCCGGAGGCAGAAGCGAGACUGGGUCAUCCCCCCCAUCAACGUGCCAGAAAAUUCAAGGGGCCCCUUUCCUCAGCAACUGGUCCGGAUUCGUUCCGAUAAGGACAAAGAGAUCCAUAUCAGGUACAGCAUCACCGGAGUGGGAGCCGACCAGCCGCCAAUGGAAGUCUUCAGCAUUGACCCUGUGUCUGGGAGGAUGUAUGUGACCCGCCCGAUGGACAGAGAGGAAAGAGCUUCCUACCAUCUCCGGGCUCAUGCAGUGGAUAUGAAUGGAAACAAGGUGGAGAAUCCUAUUGACCUUUACAUCUAUGUGAUUGAUAUGAAUGACAACAGACCGGAGUUUAUAAACCAAGUCUAUAAUGGAUCUGUUGAUGAAGGCUCUAAACCAGGUACCUACGUGAUGACAGUGACUGCGAAUGACGCUGAUGACAGCACCACAGCAAACGGGAUGGUGAGAUACCGAAUCGUGACUCAGACCCCCCAGAGCCCAUCGCAGAACAUGUUCACCAUUAACAGUGAGACAGGAGAUAUCGUCACCGUGGCUGCUGGCCUCGACAGGGAGAAAGUUCAGCAGUAUAUAGUCAUCGUUCAAGCCACAGAUAUGGAAGGAAAUCUUAACUACGGUCUCUCAAACACGGCGACUGCAAUCAUUACGGUGACAGAUGUGAAUGACAACCCCCCUGAAUUCACGACCAGCACUUAUUCGGGGGAAGUUCCUGAGAACAGAGUGGAGGUUGUGGUUGCAAAUUUGACAGUGAUGGACCGGGACCAGCCUCACUCUCCCAACUGGAAUGCCAUCUACCGCAUCAUCAGCGGGGACCCCUCUGGCCACUUCACCAUCCGGACAGACCCUGUCACCAAUGAAGGCAUGGUAACUGUGGUCAAGGCAGUCGACUACGAGAUGAACAGAGCGUUCAUGCUGACAGUGAUGGUAUCCAACCAAGCUCCCCUGGCCAGUGGAAUCCAGAUGUCCUUCCAGUCGACAGCAGGAGUCACCAUUUCAGUUACGGAUGUCAACGAAGCGCCGUACUUCCCAACAAACCACAAGCUGAUCAGGCUGGAGGAAGGCGUGCCCACAGGGACGGUCCUCACGACCUUUUCAGCUGUAGAUCCGGAUCGCUUCAUGCAGCAGGCAGUGAGAUACUCUAAGCUGUCAGAUCCUGCAAACUGGCUGAACAUUAAUGCCACAAAUGGUCAGAUCACUACUGCUGCUGUCCUUGAUCGAGAGUCAGACUACAUUAAGAAUAAUGUCUACGAGGCCACAUUCUUGGCGGCUGACAAUGGUAUACCCCCGGCCAGCGGCACUGGCACUCUGCAGAUCUACCUAAUCGACAUCAACGAUAAUGCUCCUGAGCUCCUGCCAAAGGAAGCACAGAUCUGUGAAAAGCCGAACCUGAAUGUCAUCAAUAUAACAGCCGCAGAUGCUGACAUCGAUCCAAACGUCGGGCCCUUUGUCUUCGAGCUGCCAAGUGUGCCAUCUGCGGUGAGGAAGAACUGGACCAUAACACGACUGAAUGGUGAUUACGCCCAGCUUAGUUUACGGAUCAUGUACCUGGAAGCCGGUGUGUACGAUGUGCCAAUCAUUGUGACAGACUCAGGAAACCCCCCCUUGUACAACACGUCCAUCAUCAAAGUGAAGGUGUGCCCGUGUGACGAGAACGGUGACUGCACCACCAUUGGGGCGGUGGCUGCUGCAGGACUGGGCACGGGAGCCAUCAUCGCCAUCCUGAUCUGCAUCAUUAUCUUGCUAACCAUGGUGCUGCUGUUUGUGGUGUGGAUGAAGCGUCGGGAGAAGGAGCGGCACACCAAGCAGCUCCUCAUUGACCCCGAGGAUGACGUGAGGGACAACAUCCUGAAGUACGACGAGGAGGGCGGUGGAGAAGAAGAUCAGGAUUACGACUUAAGCCAGCUCCAGCAGCCAGAGACCAUGGAUCACGUGCUGAACAAGGCACCUGGAGUCCGAAGGGUGGAUGAGAGACCGAUCGGUGCUGAGCCACAGUAUCCUAUAAGACCAGUAAUCCCCCAUCCUGGGGAUAUUGGUGACUUUAUAAAUGAGGGCCUGCGUGCGGCGGACAACGACCCCACAGCCCCCCCGUACGACUCACUGCUGGUCUUUGACUACGAGGGCAGCGGCUCCACCGCCGGCUCCGUCAGCUCCCUCAACUCCUCCAGCUCCGGGGACCAGGACUACGACUACCUGAACGACUGGGGGCCGCGCUUCAAGAAGCUGGCGGACAUGUAUGGAGGAGGCGAGGAGGAUUGAACUGACCUCACUUAUUUAAAAAAAAAAAAAAAAAUACAAAUAGAAGAAGGAGAAGA